AAUGUCUCUCACCCUUUGUCUUCUUCAACUGUUCUCUCAUCCUUCACCCAAAAUCUCCCUCACUCUCUCUCUCUCUCUCUCUCUCUUCUUAUAAGAAAAGAGGUAAAAGCUUCCUUCGUUUCACUAUUUCCAUGAUUCUGAAUUCCACACAGAGAGAGAUAGUAAAAGCUAAGUAGUAAAGUCUUCUGCUGCCAUGGCCGAGAAGAAGAAGAAGCAUUUACACGAGCUUCUUGAAGAUGACCAAGAACCUUUUCAUCUCAACCAUUACAUCGCUGACCUCCGUUCUCAGAUGGGCUGCUCCGAUUUGCGUCUCAAGAAGCGUAAGUCCGACAACGUCGCCACGUUUCCUCCUGGUUUGUUCUCCUGCGAGAGUUCUUGUUUUUUCGCCGCUCAUAAAUCUCCCGACCCAAGAAAGUCUCCACUCUUCGAGCUCCGGUCUCCGGGAAAGAAAAAGACACGUGACGGUCGAGUUUUCCUCCAGAUUCCGGCUAGAACCGCCGCAAUUCUAUUGGAUGCAGCGGCGAGGAUACAGAAGCAACAGUCGGAGAAGGCUAAGACAAACAAAGCUCGGACCAGAGGAAACGGGUUUGGUAUGUUGGGGUCUGUCUUGAAGCUGCUAACAAACCGUAAAACAAAACCACGUUUAGAUAGCGCUGAUGCAAACGUGAUUUGUUUAGAACGCGGGUCGGAACCGACGAGUAGUAGUAGAAGUAGUAGUAGCCGGAGAGAGCGUUUUAUGGAGAUUGGUGAUAAGUGCUUCUGUGACAGCCCUUUUCAUUUUGUUCUCGAAACAACUACUCCAUCUUCCUCCGGUCACCGGACUCCUCAUUUCACAUCGACGGCUACUUCUCCGGCGCGCCGCAGUACUGAGGACGAAGAUAGCGAUGAGACAGAGAGCUUAGAGAAAGAGAGAGGACAAGAAGAAGAAAAUAAAGAAGAGGAAGACAAGGAACAAUGUAGCCCUGUCUCUGUACUUGAUCCUCUUGAGGAGGAGGAGGAGGAGGAGGACGAAGACGAGGACCACAACCAACACGAGCCUGACCAUCUCGAUCAUCUCUCUUGCAGCUUUGAAGUUGUACAACGGGCGAAAAGGCGGCUACUCAAGAAGCUUCGUAGAUUCGAGAAGUUAGCGGGGAUGGAUCCGGUAGAGCUCGACGGGAAGAUGUCGGAAGAAGAAGAUGACGACGAAGAUGAAGAUGAAGAAGAUGAAUAUGAGGAGAGCGAGGAAGACGAUAACAUGAGGAUUUACGAUUCAGAUGAAGAAUAUGAGGACGUAGAUGAGGCGAUGGCACGAGAGAGCGGGUGCGCAGAAGAGGAGAGGAGGAAGAAGAGUGAUGAAAGACAGAAGAAAUGGAGGAUGAUGAAUGCAUGGAAGUUAGGGGUGGGAGCAGAGGAUGGUGUAGACGCGGUUGUGCGUAAAGAUAUGAGAGAGGAGACCAAAGAGUGGACAAGACACGGUGGAGAAGUGGAAGAGGCGGUGUCCGAUCUCGAGCUCUCUAUCUUCUUCUUCUUGGUUGAUGAAUUCUCCCUCGAACUUGUCUCUUCUUCUCCGUGAACAAAUAAUGAAUUUGGUUAGAGACAAGAAAAUUAGUAGAUUUAUGGAAUAGAUAUGUCUUACUUGAUAAACUCUAAUUAACCUCUUUAACGUUAAUCUAGGGGAAUCCUUGUCACUUAUAA